UUCCCCUCCAACUUGAACCACUUGAUAUCGCUCUCUUUUCCCUUAAAGAAUACUUGGAUAUAAAUAGACUUGUUACGUCACACAAAGAAGAAAACCACCUACCUCCUUAGAGACCUAGACAGUAGCCAUGGCUCCAGCUAUUGAUACCGAGAGCCCGGUAGAUAUAAUUCAGGGCUUGAAGGCCCAGGCCAAAAAGGCCGACCGUUCCAUCUUCCCAGAUGGCCUAAAGACCACAGGCCAACACCCACCAUUAUAUGACCAGCUGUACCCUUACAGUGCAUUCCCCAAGCACAUCGAGGGACCUACAGUAUGGAAGGCAGAGGACUACGCCAACAACCCCGAGAGAUGGGUGCACCCCUUCUCCGAGAGUGAGCUGGAGGAGAUAUCCCAGACCGCCGACACCUUCAUCGCCUCCGGCCUACCCCUGACCGGCAUCAGCAAGGACAACUUCCGGCUACCCGGCCUGGAGCCGUCGCUGAUCACCAUGCGGCGGGAGCUGCUGAACGGCAAGGGGUUCCUCCUGUACAAAGGCUUCCCCGUGGACGAGUGGGGCACGCACAAGUCCGCCGUCGCGUACAUGGGACUAGGCGCGUACCUGGGCUACCCGGUAUCGCAGAACGGGCGGGGCCACAUCCUGGGCCACGUGCAGGACCUGGGCGAGGACAGCACGCAGAUCGACAAGGUGCGCAUCUACCGGACGAACGCGCGGCAGUUCUUCCACGCGGACGACUGCGACAUCGUCGGCCUCCUGUGCAUCGCGAAGGCCGAGUUCGGCGGCGAGUCCGACGUCUCCUCCAUCCACCACGUCUGGAACAUCCUGCAGGCCGAGCGCCCCGACGUCGCCGAGCUGCUGACCCAGCCGGUGUGGUACUUCGACCGCAAGGGCGAGGUGUCGCAGGGCGAGGAGCCGUACAUCCGCACCGCCGUCUUCUACCUCGAGACGCCGGACCCGGCCGGCGAGGCGGCGCCGCAGCGCGUGUACUGCAAGUGGGACCCGUACUACGUGCGCAGCCUGAAGCGGUUCUCGGACGCGGGGCUGAUCCCGCCGCUGUCGCCCGCGCAGGAGGAGGCGACGGCCGUGCUCGAGGCGACGUGCGAGCGCGUCAAGCUGCACAUGGUCCUCGCCGUCGGCGACAUCCAGUUCGUCUCCAACUCGCACACCCUGCACGCGCGCACCGCGUACCGCGACUUCGGCCCCGACAGCGGCAAGCCGAGGCGCCACCUCAUGCGCCUGUGGCUGUCGGUGCCCGAGGACGAGGGCGGCUGGAGGCUGCCGUUCUGGGACUCCGGGGAGAAGAAGAGGGGGGGUAUCCAGGUCGACGAUACGCCGCCGGUGGCGAGGCUUGAUGCUGAUUAGGGAGGAAAGGGGAGUAGGUAAAAAGAAAGGG